UUUUUUUAAUCUGUUUAUCUAUUCUAAAUAGUUAAAUGUUACAACGUCAAUUUAUUCUUCAAUAUCAUGUAUUUCAGGCUUCAAAGGAAAUAACAUUGGAUGUUCAAAAAAAUGUAUUCAAUAAUAUUGUACAUGAAAAUCAUGUAUUGUAUCAGAUGGAAAAAAGAGAUCGACCUAAUAAUUUAGUUCGAAUUUUAGUUGAACUUCAUAAAUUAGGAGCAACACAGGAACAACUCUCUUUUGCAUAUCAAAGGGCAUUACUGAAUGUAGAACAUAGUCUUUAUAGACAACAAAAUAAGAACGUGGUGAUUCAUCAAGAUAAUUGGCAGGAAUUUCUCGGCCUAUCAUCAUAUUAUGGUGAUUACUUGAUAUUCUUUGAUCGACAAUUAUCUUUAUUAGGACUAGAGGAGACAUUAAACACGUAUUUUUAUUCUAUACAAACUUCUAUUGGAUCUCAACUUCAGCCUUUAGUUCAAUUAGCCUUUGGAAUUGAGAAUGAUCUUCCAGAAAUAAUCACCCAGGCACUUGCAUAUCAUGCGUCUUCUUAUCUUGAUGUCUCUUUUAUUCUUCUUGACACGGAUCCUAUUUCUUCAUCUUCUUCUUUGUUUAGGUGUAAUGACAAACAGGAAAGAUUUGGAGAUCAUAUUUUAUUCGAUUUCAUUUCAGUAGAUCCACGUUUUGAUGGUAAAAUUCAAGGAAAUGAUACAUUUCAAUCCACCCUCAGGCUUUUAUUGAAAAGCAAAACAGAUCUCAUUAAAUCCUAUAUGAAGGAAUGGAUAAAUCAAUCCAUGACAGUAGAAGAAAGACUUGAAGCAUUAGUUUAUUCUACAUUUUCCUUAUUUAAAGCGUCUUCUUCUUUAACUAGUUAUCAAUUAGAUUGGUUUCUAGCAGGAGAUCAUCUCAUUUCUUCCAUCCUCGCUAUCAAACAAAUCAUUCCCGAGAAAUAUCUUGAGAAUUGGCUUCAUUUACAAUUCCUUACAAUGCUCUGUACAUUUAUAGCUCAAGGACGUCCAACUUUCAUCAUGAAUAAUAAUUGUUGUUGUUGUUGUUGGAAUACAUGUAUUUCUAAUGUCAUACAAAAUUCGUUGGAUGAUCCAAAAUUAAUCCUUACCUUAGCCUCUAUUAUUAAACUCCGACAACAGUUCUCUUCCUCCUUUCAAUUCGUCGAACAUUCUUGUUUGGAAAUAGUUAAUAUUUUAAAUUUAUUCUCAACUCAAAAUGGUACAUGGAUUAAGAAUGGAUUAGGCUGGUUAAACUAAAUCUUUAAUAUUGGAAAAUAAAAGGAUAAUAAUAGUAUAAAUCUAGACUUAUUGUGCUAAAAAAAAUAAAAUAAAAUAAAAUAAAAAAAAUAAUAGGUUAUUUUUUCUUUA